GUCCCUUUAAUAUAGAUGAAAAGGAGUAAGAAGUGACAACAGGGGAGUGCUUCUAAAUUGGAGACAAUCCCACAGACUGCAGAACCACUGAGAGCUUUGCUAACCUGUGGAAUGAACGUACGUGUACCAGAAGAGGAUGAUGAAUCUCUUUAUCCAUCCGCGGACCCAGAAAUAGACAAAAUUUCUUCAAAGGGCCCGGAUGAUGGGCACAAUUCCCUUAAAUCAGCUGACAGUUUCACAUGUGCCAACAGAGAGUCACGUUCAUCUUGCAAUCAAGUGGAUCUUCCAAGCAAAGAAACGGGAUAUGGUUCCCAGCCUUCAGAUGUGAUGGAUGUAUCUGCACUUGAAGAGCCUUUUACAUUAAGGUCAUUUAUUGAUUCCAGUGAUCACUUUAACCCCAUGAGGCCCUUGCAGAGUAGAGGAGUACAACACCCUCAGUAUCAUCUCACGCAGCAACCAAUUGGGCAGCCCCAACAAUACCCCUGUGGGACGCAGCUCCGUGGUGUAUGCCAUAUUCCCCAACAACCUCCUAACAUAGAACAUUUCCAGCACCCAGGAUACUUUGUAAACCCAGUUAUACCUCAACGUCCUGAUCUUCAAAGACCUGUACCCAUGCAACACCCCCCUCCCAAUCCUUCAUAUGGACCCAGAAGAGAAAUUAAGGAAAGCAUGUUACCAGAGGAACAGCGUAGAAUCUUCAUAACCUAUUCCAUGGACACUGCUCUUGAAGUUAUUGCACUUGCAAAUCUUCUUUGCCAAAAUGGAUUUUUAACAACAGUUGACAUAUUUGAAACAGCUAUUCGUGGAAUGGACAUUAUACAUUGGAUGGAAAGAUAUCUCCGUAACAGGGAGGUCUUGAUAAUUAUUGCUAUUAGUCCUCAGUACAAAAGGGAUGUGGAAGAAGAUGCUAGUGAUGACCAUGGUUUACACACUAGAUACAUCCACAAAAUGAUGCAAGUAGAAUUUAUCAACCAAGGAAGUGUUAACUACAGAUUCAUCCCUUUAUUAUUUCCAAAUGCCACUGAGGCUCAUGUGCCCACCUGGCUUAAAAACACGAACAUUUACAGAUGGCCAAUUGAUAGAUCAAAGCUGUUUCUACGGUUAUUGCGAGAAGAACCAUACGUUGCUCCACCAAUUGGAAUGCUACCAAAGAUUCUUGUUCAGCGUACCUGAAGAUAGGAGAAAGAGCAGGGGCUGUCCUUCAUGGCCUUGUGAUGGAAGGAGCCUGACUGAGCAAACAAAUAAAGUUGCGUUCUUGGUAUUGAUAUAUAAUAUAACCAUAUGGUGACAGGCUUCCGAUCUUUACAUCAUGUAACAUCUCAUUUUUUGCAUCUGAUUCAAACAACUGAUCCAAAUAUCUUGGGAAUUCCUGGUUACGGCUUUAUUAAUACUAUAUAAGGAACCUCUUACAUUUUUGCGCCACAACUGAUUUUUCCAUAUUGCCCUAAGCUGGAAAUACUUUAUUAUAAGUUAAAAAAAACAGUUAUAAUAAUAUAAUAAUUACUGCAAAUUUCUAUUUUAAUUAAAGGGACACUGUACCCAAAAAUUUUCUUUCGUGAUUCAGAUUGAGCAUGAAAUUUUAAGCAACUUUCUAAUUUACUCCUAUUAUCAAAUUUUCUUCAUUCUCUUGGUAUCUUUAUUUGAAAUGCAAGAAUGUAAAUUUAGAUGCUGGCCCAUUUUUGGUGAACAAACUGGGUUGUCCUUGCUGAUUGGUGGAUAAAUUCAUCCACCAAUAAAAAAGUGCUGUCCAGAGUACUGAAACCAAAAAAAAGCUUAGAUGCCUUCUUUUUCAAAUAAUGAUAGCAAGAGAACGAAGAAAAAUUGAUAAUAGGAGUAAAUUAGAAAGUUGCUUAAAAUUGCACGCUCUUUCUGAAUUACAAAAGAAAAAAUUUGGGUUCAGUGUCCCUUUAACUCUUUGUUCUAAUUGUGAUCUUUUUUUUUUUUUGUAUAAAUGACGUUUCCCUUUUAUUUGUAUUUGACAUAAAUAUUAAACUUCUUUCUCAUAUAAAAAAGAGCUUGUCAAUUAAUAUUUGAUAAUAACCCUGGCAAUGUACAGUAUAGUUGUCAUUAAAAUAUUUGCUUUUCUGGUGUCUAAAGUAGAGCUGGCCAUAUCUAGAUUUUUACAUCCGAAGUAUGGGAAUCCAGUGAUCAUAUGCAAAAAAUCCCACUUACCAUAUUGCAUAGGGUUGCCAGCUGUCCUGUGUCCUGACAAAGAGCCAUUGGGCAGGCAAUGUGUAGAGUGGAACUUAUUUGCUUGUUUGACCACCAAAUGACUGCUAUAUAUGUACUGUUGUUUUUUUAACUUUUGAGCUUAAUAAAAGCCAGGUUUUACUUUCCUA